AAAAAAAAAAGACAAAAUAUUGAGUAGAAGCAAAGUGGUCCAUAAAUAUCCAGCUAUUCACGGCCCUCGCUGCUGCAGCGCCACCUGGUGGAAAACAUUCGUGCUGCUGUAGCGGCCGAACCCCGCCAGGGGGCGCCGCAGGCCGCACACAUUCCUCCUGCCUCAAGUUGUUAGCUCCGAUUAAAACGUCAAAAUGCGGCCAGACAGCAGUGAUGACGUCAUGUUUAAUACUUGCCAGCAUGUUCUGGUUCCGAUCCAGCUUCAAUAGAACCAGGUUUCAACUCAUUAAUAGACGAACAUCUGCAGACAUUUAUUAUUCUGACUGAAAUGAGUUCUGGAUGUUUGACGCUGAAACCUGCAGAUGAUCCAGAAAGACGCGUAAAAACGGGAAAACUCUCCCAGUUUUCCAGACAGUUUUCCAGACAGUUUUCUGCUCCUUCCCUUCCCGACAUGCUGCGCCGCCGUCUCCAUCUGCAGCCGCGCGGUCCUCCAUCAUUGGAAAGGAAUGCAGAAAUAUGGAAAAGUUUCCGUGCGCGUGCCAGCCCUCUCAGAGGUUACGCACCACUUUCUGGCCCAGCUGUGUGUCGUAAGCGCUGGGAGCGCUGGGAGUGCUGGGAGCAGCCCCCCUGUUAAGUAGCGGGCCGCGUGGAAACCCUCCCCACUUGGAAGAGGCUCCCCGACGCUGCUGGGAAGCCAUAGAACCCACGGAGAUCCCGAACCGGACCGGACCAGCCCGAGUCUUCCUGCUUUCUUCCCGUUUUCAGAGCAGAACCAGCAGCUUCCCGCGCAGCUCGUCGCAUGCUGAGCUGAGGAAGAGGAGCCGAAGAUGAAGAGCGCCCUGCUGCUGCUGCUGCUGCUGCUGGCCUCCUCCCGGGCCCAGGACCAAGUGGACGCGCCAAGCAAUUUAAGGUUUAAGAUUUUAAAUGAGAACACGGUUCAGAUGAUCUGGAGUCGGCCGCUCAGCAGGAUACAGGGCUACAGGAUACACGUGACCUCUGACUCAGGCGAAGCGGCGAGACAGUUUUCUCUGCCUGCCUCUGCGACUAAGACCUCCAUCUCAGAGCUGAGUCCUGAUGUGGACUAUGUGGUCACCAUCGUGGCGUUCGCCGGAUCCCAGCAGAGUCUGCCCAUCUCUGGCCAGCUCACACUUGAGUCGAGCAGCAGCAGCUCCAGAGGAGGAGCCAGGAAACCCGAUUCCUCCAAUCCAGUCAGGUGCCCGGCCUCUGCUGCCGCUGACCUGCUCUUCCUGGUCGACGGCUCCUGGAGCGUCGGCAGGCCGAACUUUAAGCACAUCCGCAGCUUCAUGGCGGCGGCGGCCGGAGCGUUCCAGAUCGGUGAGGACAGAACCCGCGUUGGCGUGGUCCAGUACAGUGACGACCCGCGGACCGAGUUCAGCCUGAACCAACACCUGACCCGACCCGCUCUGAUGAAGGCCAUCGGCUCGCUGCCGUACAAGGGAGGCAGCACCAGGACAGGCGAUGCGCUCAGCCACCUGCUGGCCAGCGGCUUCACCGAGGCGGCUGGCUCCAGGAAGGACUUCCCCAAGCUGCUUCUGAUCAUCACGGAUGGGAAGUCGGACGACCCGGUGGAGGGCGCCGCCCGGCAGCUGAGGAGCCGGGGCGUGGACGUGUUCGUCCUGGGUGUCCACCAUGCUGACGAAGAAGAAAUGAGGCUCAUGGCGUCCACGCCGUACAGCCGCCGCGUGUUCAGUGUGGCGAACUUCGAGCAGAUCCAGUCCGUGCAGAAGGAUCUGAUCAGCCAGAUGUGCUCCAGCGUGGAGGAUCAGCUCAGCUCGCUGGUCAGCGGAGAAGAAGUCGUGGAUCCGGCCUCUAACCUCCGAGUCCUCGAGGUGGCCUCCAAGUCCAUGCGGCUGAGCUGGGACGCCUCCGGCGGAGACGUUUCAGGCUACCGGGUCCAGAUAAUCCCCAUGAUGGCCGGCAGCAAGCAGCAGGAUCUGUACCUGGCCUCGUCUCAGACCUCCGUGGUGGUCAGAGACCUUUCUCCUGACACCGCGUACCAAGUCAACGUUUUCGCCAUGAAGGACCUGAUGUCCAGUGAGCCUGUGACGGUCAUGCAGAAGACAGAACCUGUUAAAGUCUCCCUGGAGUGCUCUCUUGGGGUGGAUGUGCAGGCCGACGUUGUGCUCCUGGUUGACGGAUCCUACAGCAUCGGUGUGACAAACUUUGCCAAAGUGAGAGCUUUCCUUGAAGUUCUGGUGAACACCUUUGACAUCGGCCCAAACAAAGUCCAGAUCGCCUUGGUGCAGUACAGCAGGGACCCAUACACCGAGUUCUACCUGAACACUCACCAAGACGUCAACGCCGUGGUCAAGGCGGUGAGGACUUUCCCGUAUCGCGGCGGCUCUACCAACACCGGCAGGGCCAUGACCUACGUCAGGGAGAAGAUCUUCCAGACCAGCAGGGGGGCACGUGCCAACGUCCCCCGCGUCACCAUCCUCAUCACCGACGGCAAGUCGUCCGACGCUUUCAAAGAUCCAGCCACCAAGCUGAGGAACACCGACGUGGAGAUCUUUGCCGUGGGCGUUAAAGACGCCGUACGAAGUGAGCUGGAGGCUAUCGCCAACGCCCCCGCGGAGACGCACGUCUACACGGUGGAGGACUUUGACGCCUUCCAGAGAAUAUCCAAGGAGCUGACGCAAUCCAUCUGCCUGAGGAUCGAGCAGGAAAUCCGCAGCAUCUUCCAGAGACAACUCGUCCAGCCCAGAGCCCUGGCCUUCUCUGACAUCGGCUCCAGGAGCUUCAGGACCUCCUGGGAGAUCGACGCUGACAACGUGGACUUCUUCAUGGUCCAGUUCAAGCCGGAGGAAGACGCAGAGGGACACUACGUGUCCAUGUCUGUCCCAGGGGACACCCGCACCGCCGUCCUGCCCCACCUCACCCCUCUGACCCGCUACGAAGUCAGGGUGUCGGCUCAGUACCCCAAAGGGGAGAGCCUAGCGGUUAGCGGCUACGAGACGACCACAGAAGAGGCCGGGCCCGCUAAGAACCUGGUCACCAGCGACGUCAGCGCCUCCAGCUUCAGGGCGACCUGGACAGCGGCGCCCGGAAACGUCCAGGCCUACAAGGUCCGCUGGAAGUCCCUGUUCUCUGGGGAGCAGGGGGACAAAACCGUCCCAGGGGACCAGACAUCCACUGUCCUGGACGGUCUGAGUCCAGAGACCCGCUACCAAGUGUCUGUUAUCGCCGCCUACGACCAGAAAGACAGCGAGCCGCUGACCGGGCUGGAGACCACCGACGUGCCGGCCUUCAAGGCCCCCAGGAACCUGCUGACCUCUGAACCCACUAAGACCAGCUUCAGGGUGUCCUGGGACCCGGCUCCGGGUGACGUGCGGGGCUACAGGGUGACCUUUCACCCCUCUGGGAACGACGUGGACCUGGGGGAGCUCAUGGUCGGUCCGUACGACAACACAGUGGUUCUGGAGGAGCUCAGGGCGGGAACCAAGUACUCUGUGGCUGUUUUCGGGAUGUUUGACGGCGGCGUGAGCUCGCCGCUGGCCGGGGAGGAGAAAACCACGCUGAUGGAUGAACCGGAACCGCCGCCUCUGGAUCCCUCUGACAGCCAGUGCCGGACGUCGGCCAAGGCCGACAUCGUCCUUCUGGUGGACGGCUCCUGGAGCAUCGGACGCAUCAACUUCAAAACCAUCCGCAACUUCAUCGCCCGCAUGGUCGGCGUGUUCGACAUCGGCCCCAACAACGUCCAGAUCGCUCUGGCCCAGUACAGCGGUGACCCGAGAACCGAGUGGCACCUGAACGCACACCCGACCCGAGAGUCACUGCUGAACGCCGUCAACAGUCUGCCGUACAAAGGAGGGAACACCAUGACAGGAAUGGCUCUCCGCUUCAUCCUGGAGACCAACUUCCAGCCAUCGGUGGGGAUGCGUCCCGACUCCCGGAAGAUUGGCGUUCUGAUCACCGACGGGAAGUCGCAGGAUGAGAUCAUCGUGAGCUCCCAGAGCCUGAGGGACAGCGACAUCGAGCUGUACGCCGUCGGCGUGAAGAACGCCGACGAGAACGAGCUGCGCUCCAUCGCCUCCGACCCAGACGAGAUCCACAUGUACAACGUGGCCGACUUCCGCUUCCUGCAGGACAUCGUGGACGACCUGUCCAGCAACCUGUGCAACAGUGUCAAGGGCCCAGAUUCUGGUUCCGAGCUGGGCCCGCCCACCGACCUGGUGACCUCUGAGGUCACGCAGUACUCCUUCAGAGCCUCCUGGGUGCCACCAGAGGUCCCCGUCGACCAGUUCAGGGUCACCUACAGGAUGGCCGCCGGAGGCCCCACCAUGGAGGUCCUGGUGGACGGCGAGGUGACCACCACGGUUCUGGAGAACCUGACGCCGCUGACGCAGUACGUGGUGAACGUGUUCGCCGUGCUGAAGGGGGCCAGCAGCGAGCCUCUGAAGGGAACCGAGACCACCUUGCCUCUGCCUCCUGCGAGCAACUUGAAGGUUUACGACGAGACGUCCAGCAGCAUGAGGGUGAGCUGGGAGGCGGCGGCCGGAGCGAGCGGGUACCUGCUGCUGUACCGCUCCAUCAACGCCUCGGAGCCUCAGGAGGAGCAGGAGGUUCGUGUUGCUGGAGGCGUGACGAACACCCAGCUGCUGCAGCUCAUCCCCAACACGCAGUACGCCGUCACACUCAUUGCUCUGCACGGCGAGGCCACCAGCCAGGCCCUGGAGGGCCGCGGGGUCACCUUACCCCUGUCCCCUGCUGGAGAGCUGAGGAUCAGCGACGUCACCCACAGCAGCAUGAUGCUGAACUGGGACGCGGCUCCUGGAGCCGUCCACAGAUACAUGAUCACCUACAAACCUGACGGGGGAGAGCUGAAGGAGGUGGAGGUGAACGGUGACAUCACCACGCUGCAGCUGACCAGCCUGAUCUCCCAGACGGAGUACGAUGUCGCCGUCACCCCCGUGUACGACGAGGGACCUGCCGCCCCCAUGCUCGGAACCGCCAUCACAGAUACUGUCCCGGCUCCCAAGAACCUGCAGUUCUCCGAGGUGACCCAGAACUCCUUCAGAGCCACCUGGGAACAUGGCGCUCCAGAUGUGGCGCUCUUCCGGAUCUCAUGGACCAGGAAAGGCGAAAAGGACCCCAAGAACGAAAUCCUGAACAGCGAUGAGAACUCGUACGUUCUGGAGAACCUGGACCCGGACACGGAGUACCUGGUGACCGUCACGGCCAUCUAUCCCGACGAGUCGGAGAGCGAGGACCUGAUCGGAGCCGAGCGGACCUUGCUGAAGGCUCCAGAUGUGCGACCCGAGCCGCCGCGGAACCUGCGGGUGUUCAACGCCACCGUCUCCUCGCUGACCGUGAAGUGGGACGCCGCUCCCGGUCCCGUCAAGAACUACAAGGUCACAUACCUGCCGGUCGCCGGCGGCGAGCCUCAGACGCUGCAGGUCGGCGGGAAGAAGACCAACGUCAUCCUGCAGCAGCUGCAGCCCGACACGCCGUACUCCGUUACCGUGGCAGCCGUCUACCCAUCAGGCGCCAGUAGGGACAUCAAAGGAGAGGGGAAAACCAAGCCCCUAGGCAGUGUGAGGAACCUGCAGGUGCUCAACCCCACCAUGACCACGCUGAACGUGCGGUGGGAGCCGGCGGAGGGCCGGGUCAGCGAGUACAAAGUGAUUUACGCUCCGGCAGCCGGAGGAGCGGAGAGCAUGGUAGGACUGGAAACAGUGUCGGCGGGAACCACGGCCACCAUCCUGCGCGGCCUGCAGCCCGACACGCUGUACUCCGUCACGCUGGUUCCGGUUUACGCUGAGGGAGACGGGAAGAGGAUGUCUGAAAACGGGAAAACCAGAGCGUUAGGCGGCGUGAAGAACCUGAUGGUGAGCGACCCCACCAUGACGUCCCUGAACGUCCGCUGGGACCCGGCCGACGGCGCCGUGCGCCUCUACAAGGUCUUCUACGUUCCCGCCGCCGGCGGCCGAGAGGAGAUGGAACAAGUUCCCUCAGGAACCACGGCCACCGUCCUGAGGAACCUGCAGCCCGACACGCUCUACACCGUGUCCGUGGUGCCGGUGUACCCGGCGCGCGAAGGCCGGCGGCAGUCUGAGGACGGGAAGACAUUGCCUCUGAGCGGCGUCAGCGGCAUGAGGGUCAGCAACCCCACCAUCACCACGCUCGCCGUCAACUGGGACGCCGCCGACGGCAACGUCCAGGGCUACAAGGUCAUCUACGUCCCGGCCAACGGCGGCCUGGAAAUCGUGGAACAAGUGUCUGAGAGCACCACCUCCACCAUCCUGCAGAAGCUGCUGCCCGACACCAGCUACACCGUCACCGUGGUGCCGGUGUACGCCGAGGGAGACGGGCCCAGCCUGACCGACACCGGCAAGACCAGGCCGCUGGGAUCCGUCAGGAACCUGCGGGUCACCGACCCCACCACCAGCACCCUGAAUGUCCGCUGGGAGCCGCCCGAGGGAAACGUCCGCGAAUACGUCGUGACCUGGGCGCCGACGGCCGGGGGAGAGGAGGAAAUGGACCAGGUCCCUGGAACCGUGUCCAGCACCGUCCUGAAGCAGCUGCAGCCGGACACAGAGUACUCGGUCACCGUCGUCCCCGUCUACCCAGAGAUGGAGGGGAAGUCCAUGUCUGAGACGGGGAAGACAAAUCCUCUAGGCGGAGUGAAGAACCUGAAGGUGGUGGAUCCCUCCAUCAGCACGCUGACCGUCCGCUGGGACCCGGCCGUGGGAAACGUCCGGACCUACAAGGUCUUCUACGCCGCCCAGCCCGGAGGACAACAGGAAGUGGAGGAGGUUUCCGGCGGCACCACCACCACCAUCCUGAGGAACCUGCAGGCCGACACGCUCUACAGCGUGGCCGUGGUUCCCGUCUACCCCGACGUGGAGGGGAUCCGGCAGGAGGACCAGGGCAGGACGAAGCCUCUGGGCGGAGUGAGGAACCUGCAGGUGACCGACCCGACCACCAGCUCCCUGAGGGUCCGCUGGGAGCCGGCCGAGGGCGACGUCCGUCAGUACCGGGUCCUGUACGCGCCGGCGGCCGGCGGCGCCGAGAGCGCGACGCAGGUUUCCGGGCUCACCACCAGCACGGUUCUGACGGAGCUCAGCCCGGACACCGAGUACAGAGUGACCGUCGUCCCCGUCUACGAGGACGUGGAGGGAAACCGCAUGUCUGAGAACGGGAAAACCAAGGUUCUGGGCGGGGUGAAGAACCUGCAGGUCACCGACCCAACCACCAGCUCCCUGAGGGUCCGCUGGGAGGCGGCUGAGGGCAACGUCCGCCAGUACCGCAUCUUUUACGUCCCAGCAGCCGGCGGCGCCGAGGACAUGGAGCAGGUUUCGGGCGGAACCACCGACACGGUGCUGAGGAACCUGCUGUCGGACACGCCCUACACCGUUACCGUGGUUCCCGUUUACCCCGAGGGCGAAGGCUUGCGCCAGGCCGACAGAGGAAAGACCCUUCCGCGGACGCCGCCCAGGAACAUCCAGGUGUACAACCCGACGCCCAGCAGCCUGAACGUCCGCUGGGAGGCGGCGUCGGGCCGGGUGCAGCAGUACCGCGUGGCCUACGCCCCGCUGAGCGGUGCCCGGGCCGCCGAGUCGGUUCUGGUUCCUGGAAGCAUCACCAAUGCCUACCUGGACAACCUGAUCCCGGACACGCCCUACGCCAUCACCGUCACGGCGCUGUACGCCGACGCCGAGGGGGCGUCGGUCAAGGGCGACGGCAAAACACUGCCCCGAGCCGGCCCCAGGAAAAUGCGCGUGUACGACGCCACCACCAGCAGCCUGACGGUCGGCUGGGACCACGCCGAGGGCCCGGUCCGCCAGUACAGGAUCGCCUACGCCCCCAUGACCGGAGACCCCAUCACAGAGUUUACGAUGGUUCCAGGGAACCGGAACAACGCCAUGCUGCCCAGUCUGCUCCCAGACACGCCCUACAACAUCACCGUGGAGGCCGUCUAUGCCGAGGGGCCCGGAGGGUCCCUGAACGGGAACGGACGGACAAUCGGCAUGCUGAGUCCCAGAAACCUGCGGGUCUCAGAUGAGUGGUACACCAGGUUCCGGGUAUCCUGGGAGCCCGUCUCUGCUCCGGUUCAGGGAUACCGGCUCAUCUACUCGCCUCAAGGUAAGGACCAGCCGGUGGACUUCUUUGUGGGCGACGUCACCUCGUUCACUCUGACCAACCUGGAGCCUGGAACCACCUACGAUGUGAAGGUUCUGGCUCAGUACAACACCGGGGUCAGCGCGCCGCUCAUAGGAGAGGGAACCACACUUUACCUGAACAUCACCAACAUUGAGACCUACAAUGUCGGCCAUGACAGCUUCUGCAUCAAGUGGAGUCCGCACCGCGCGGCAACGUCCUACCGCAUCAAACUCAACCCUGUGGACCCCUCCAGUUUGGGUCAGCAGGAGGUCACCAUCCCGGCCGGCCUGCCUCAGUACUGCUUCGACGAACUCUCUCCGGACUCUCUGUACACAGCCACCGUCUUCGUUCAGACUCCCAAUCUGGAAGGUCCAGGAGUCGGCGCCAAGGAGCGGACACUGGUGAAGCCGACUCCGGUUCCGACUCUGCCCCCGACCCCGACGCCGCCCCCCACCAUCCCACCUGGAUGGGCAGUGUGUAAAGGAGCCAAAGCAGACGUUGUGUUCGUCAUCGACGGCUCCUGGAGCAUCGGGGAGGAGAGCUUCACCAAGGUCGUCCACUUCGUCUCCAGCAUCAUCGCCGCCUUCGACGUCGUCGGACCGUCAGGGAUGCAGGUUUCCUUCGUUCAGUACAGCGACGGCUCAAAGACCGAGUUCAAGCUCAACUCGUACGCAGACAAAGGCGUCGCCAUGGCAGCGGUGCAUCACAUCCGCUACCGAGGAGGAAACACCAAGACAGGCGAGGCGCUGAAGCACACGUAUGAGAAGGCCUUCUCGGUGGAGAACGGGAUGCGGAGGAACGUCCCCAAGGUGGUGGUGGCCAUCACGGACGGUCGGUCUCAGGACGAGGUGAAGAAGAACGCCGCCAAGCUGCAGCAUGCAGGGUACAGCGUCUUCGCCAUCGGCGUGGCGGACGUGGACUUCGUGGAGCUGCAGGAGAUCGGCAGCAAGCCGAGCGACAGGCACGUGUUCGUGGUGGACGACUUCGACGCCUUCGACUCCAUCAAGGAGAAUCUGAUCACCUUCAUCUGCGAAACGUCGACUUCCUCCUGUCCUCUCAUCUACCUCAACGGCUUCACCUCACCUGGGUUCAGGAUGCUGGAGGCCUUCAACCUGACGGAGAAGACCUACAGCUCCGUCCCCGGCGUCUCCAUGGAGCCCGGAUCCUUCAACAGCUACACGGCGUACCGGCUGCACCGCAACGCCUUCCUGACCCAGCCCAGCACAGAGCUGCACCCAGACGGCCUGCCUGACACCUUCACCAUCAUCCUGAUGUUCCGCCUGCUGCCCGACUCUCCCGCCGAGACCUUUGACCUCUGGCAGGUCUCCUCCAAGGACCACAAGCCUGAGACCGGAGUCACCGUGGACGGUUCUGCUCAGACUGUUUCGUUCUACAAUAAGGACGAAACCGGAGAAAUCCAGAGAGUCACAUUUGACCACAGCCUGGUGAAGAAGAUCUUCCAUGGCAGCUUCCACAAGCUCCACAUCCUGGUUUCCUCCAGCAGCGUGAAGCUGAAGGUCGACUGCCAGGAAGUGGAGGAGAAGAAGACAAAGGCGGCCGGCAACGUGUCCAGAGACGGGUACCAGGUUCUGGGCAAGAUGGCCAAGUCCAUCGGGUCCAAAGGCCAGUCUGCCACGGUGAGUCAGCGGCCCCCGAACCACCACCAGGAACCCAGACAGGUUAAAUCAUUUCAUCCCCAAAGAUCUGGAGACAUACGACAAAAUAUCAGACAUAUCACCAGUACAGGUUCUGCUCAGACUGUUUCGUUCUACAAUAAGGACGAAACCGGAGAAAUCCAGAGAGUCACAUUUGACCACAGCCUGGUGAAGAAGAUCUUCCAUGGCAGCUUCCACAAGCCUGUGUUUGUCCUGCAGAGAGACGAGCUGAAGUGCCCUGCCCUGCCCAACGCCUGCACCUGCACGUCGGAGGCCAGCGGCCAGCCGGGCCCCCAGGGUCCAGUGGGCGCUCCCGGGAGUAAGGGGCCCCGAGGUGAGCGAGGCGAAGCCGGAGCUCCGGGGCCGGCAGGGCCGCCAGGAAACAUCGGACCCCCGGGGCCCAUGGGUCUGCCCGGCCCCCAGGGGCCCAGCGGCAUGUCCAUCCCUGGAGAGGCCGGCCGGCCGGGACCGAAGGGAGACCCCGGAGACUCUGGCCUUCCGGGACAGAAGGUAAGCCCGGUUCUGCUCCGGUUCUGGACCGGAAGCAGAUUCGGCUGCUCUGUGUUGCCGCAGGGCGACUUCGCCCCCCAGAACAUGAUGCGCUCCAUCGCCCGCCAGGUCUGCUCACAGCUGGUCAGCGACCAGAUGAGCCGGGUCAACACCAUGCUGAACCAGAUCCCCAACGGGAACUACCCCAGCAGCCCGGGCCCCCCGGGGCCGCCAGGGCCGCCGGGCAGGCAGGGGCCCCGUGGGGAGCCCGGUGCCGGAGGCAGGAACGGGUUCCCCGGCAGCCCGGGCCAACCCGGCCAGCAGGGCGAGAGAGGUCCCGCAGGAGAAAAAGGCGACCGAGGAGUCCCAGGAGUCGGACAGAAAGGACCCAGAGGGCCGCCAGGUCCUGCAGGAGAGAGUCGGACCGGGACCCCGGGCCCCUCAGGUUCCCCCGGGCCCCGCGGCCCUCCGGGACGUCCGGGCUACGCCGGGGCCCGCGGCCCCCCGGGGCCCCCCGGCUACUGCGACUCCUCGCAGUGCGUGGGGAUUCCCUACAACGGCCAGGGAUACAUAGGAACCCGGGCCGGCACCGCCCCCCAGGAGAACCAGCUGCUCCAGAACCAGCGCCGGAAGAGGUCGCUGCCCAGAACGCCGUCUGACAGGCUGACGUCAUAAGAGCGGCGGCUGAAUGCCUGAAGGCGUUUGUGAAUACUGUUUGGCGCGGCGGUGUCGGCACUGGAGGAGGCGAGUGUUUGACCCAGAGGAGGUUCUGCUUGGACCAGUAAACCCAGUAAACCCUGUGAGCUUCCCGUUUUCCUGCCUGUAACAUAUUUGCAUAGAGUGAGUGUUAAAGCCGCAGCAGAGCUUCAGGUCCAGUAUAACUCGGCUCUCAUGUGUAUCUUAGUAUUUAUCAGUUUGCCUUCAUUCUGUCACGCGCCGCUUCACCGUCCUGUUGUUCUACCGGGUCGAGUCAGAACUUUUCAGACGCAGCAUCACUUUUUAUUGUUUUAGCUGCAGAUUGUGAAAUCCACAGCCGUAUUUUCUUAUUUAUUUCUGAAAACGGAAGAGGCAUUUUUCAAUAAAACUACUGAAAAUCUCAUGUGGGUGGCCUGGAGUUUGUGGUUCCUGACGAGACAAAGAGCUCAGGACGUCCAGAGGACAAACGUCCAGGAUGUCCACCUGAGGAAAGGACGUCUGUCUGCAGAGGACGGACACAGUUUGACCCAUCAGUCUCUGGUUCUGGUUCUUAACUGGUCCAUAAAACCAGUCAUGGAGAAAUUAGAGAUAGAAAAUAUCCUGGAUGGAUGAACGAACGGUUGGCUGAACGGUUGGAUGAAUGCUUGUCUGGUAUCCAUUCUUCUCUGGUUGGAUGUUCUGGAUCUUCUCGCCUCCAGCUGCUCUGAACCCUCA